CUCUUGGCGUCCGCCACCCAGUAAUGCUGGCGGGCAUGGACACAACGUCAGGGAGCGAAAUGGUAAGUUUAGAUCGUUUCUAUAUGCAACGACCUCAACCGUGCCGUCGCUGUGUGGUCUCCAUUUAAGACCCUCAAAUGCUUUCCUCAGAAUCGGAAUGCUUUGAGGUGAUUUAGAACAUUAUGGCUCUAAUCAUACCCUCGCAUAGGUCGCGGCCGUAGCGAAUGCCGGUGGUUUCGGGACCCUAGGCGGUGUCGCCUACACGCCGGAUAUGCUCCGCGAAAUGAUUGCAGAGACGAAAGCCAAGUUUAAGGAGCCGAAUACGCCUUUUGGUGUCGACCUUCUGCUGCCACAGGUCGGUGGCUCGGCAAGAAAGACAAACGAAGAUUACACGCGUGGGAAGCUUGAAGAAUUGAUAAACGUUGUUAUUGAGAGCGGGGCGAAGGUUUUUGUUUCGGCCGUGGGUGUACCUCCUAAGUGGGCAGUGGAGAGGUUGCAUCAGGCAAACGUGCUAUAUGCGAACAUGGUUGGACACCCCAAGCACGUGGCCAAAGCUUGUCAACUUGGUGCCGACAUCAUCAUUGCUCAGGGAGGAGAAGCUGGUGGUCACACCGGUGACAUACCAUUCAGUAUCCUCCUACCCGCCUGUGCUCAGAUCUGCUCACAGUACAAGUCACCACUUCUCAAACGGCGCGUCCUCCUAGUAGGCGCUGGUGGUGUAAGUGGCGGCGGCAGUCUUGCCGCCGCGUUGAUGUUCGGGGCCACCGGCGUCUGGGUUGGGACACGCUUCGUCGCAGCUAAAGAAAGUAAUGCGACAAAGCGUGCCAAGGAGGAGGUUAUCAAAGCCGGCUUUGACUCUGCUGUCAAGAGUCUGAUAUGGUCUGGACGCCCCUUGCGAGCGAGCAGGAAUGCAUAUGUAGACGAUUGGGAAAAUAAUCGCGCAUACGAGAUCAAGGACCUGACUAGCAGAGGGAUUGUGCCUCUGCAUCACGAGCUGGAUAGACUGCAUGAGGAGGGGAAAUUGACAGAGGAAAUUGAGGACGACGCUGUGUUAAGGCCAAUGGGUAUCGUUGCAGGUUUUGUAACAAAGCGUGAACAGCCAGCCGGCGACAUCGUCCGAGAGAUUGUUCAGGAAGCUUACGCAGUCCUUAAUUCUGCCCAAUCCUACCUGCGUCCUGGUAUGAAGCUGUAGAUAUUAAGACGGUCUGACUGCAAGAUCUGCGAGAACCACUUUCAUUUAUUAUAAAGCUGAAGAGGAAGAACUAUUUAUAAGCCAUGGGCGAUGUUUUGCAGACUUUUGCAUGUUUAUUACCUCAGCAAGCUCAGGCGGUCAGGCCAUCUAGCUCUCAGAGGAAUAGCCUUUUUUGGACAGUCACGUUA